AUCGAAAGCUUGAGCCUAAAAGAUACGUAAGCAACAUCAAGGUGGAGGUGGUGUUUGAACCCACGUCCUAGCGUUAAUGUAAAAUGUCCGAUACAAAAGUGAUAGCUGAAAGCAACGUACAGCAAACGGAGAAUCAGCGGGAAGAUACAAACCGGGCAGUAGAGGCAUCAGCCUCGUCAUCGGUAGAAGGAAUUCAUGUCGCAGGGCCUACCUCAAUAACAACAGUCGAAGCUUCGCCUGCUGCAACCAUCGUACCAACCGAUAUUUCCAACACGGGAGAAAUCUCGACCAGUGGCACUGGGAACCCAGAACAAUCUGCGUCCGGUAGCGUAGUACCUCCAACUGCGACCUCCUUAGCAACGGCACAGGCCCGUGGACCGAGCGUAGAGCGUCAAACAUCGGUUGGUUCUAUAGACAGCACGUCGAUGUCGAUCGGAGCUGGUUCAAGUAACGGCAGUGGACCGGGUGGAUUUCGCACCUCGCUGAGCAAUGGAAGGAUGUUCAGCCGGUUCAUGUCCGUGGGACGCGGACGAGGGCCAAACUCGCAUAGGACAACUUCAAGAAGAGGAUCAAACUUUAGUAACGUCAUGUUUAACGAUUUGAUGUCCCUACUCCAACAGGCGCGACACCCGGUCAAUCUGUUUUCCACGGAUCGAACAGGACUGUUCCUGAAUUCAGAACGAUCCCAUGGUACUGGAACUAGCACACCUCCGAUGAUGGGCAGUGGUGUUAAUGGUAAUGCAAUCGUUACCAGCAGUGAUGUUGUGAUUGAUGUGGACGAAGGAAGUGGAACGACCGGAGGAGGAGGAGGUGGAGGAGGGUCUUUGCGUUCAUCCCACAAUGAACUAUACCCGAUAUCGCACUCCUCCUCCACGGGUUAUGCUAACGUUCGCCCGUUUAUAUGGAUGCAAUCGGGUGAUGAAAGCGCUCCAACCGCGGGUCCCUCUAUCGCUGGUGGACGGUCGCCGUUAAUGCCAAAUUUUAACUACAGCCAUCACCACCAUCACUUUCACAAUCAUCAACCGUUGGCAUUGAACCAUCAGCAGUCGUCUGCAGGGCUAUCCGCUGCUACGGCAUCGCUGGCUUCACAGUCUCCCAUAUCGACAGGCGGCGUGGAAGGUGUCGUUCCUUCAGCAAAUGGUGAAUCGGCGAGAAUUGGUGUUAUCCUAACACCUACAACGGGAAAUGCGCCUACCAUUGGAGCAGGGGGUACUACGCGGAGUAAUAGUAUUAGCUCAAAUCAGCAAAAUGAAGACCCCAAUGACGACGCACUCAAUCAGCUGCCCGAAUCCCGAGCUUUGAUUGAGGCUGUGGGGCGGUAUGUACCAUUGUUGAUAAUAGUGGUGGCCAAGCUAUCCUAUGACCAUUUGGAUGGUAUAAUGCACUUCUUGUUGUUGCUAUUGACGUUCUAUCACUCAAACUGGGUCGUGCGACAAGAAAUCUCGAAGCAAAAACAACGGCGCGUUAUCGUGCUGCUACGUGAGCUGAUCAUCCUUGUUCUCGCUUUACUAAUACUUGGGCUUGUAAUGGAAUGGAAGAUCAUAUGCUUGGUGAUACUGUUUAUACCUGACCAUAUGCAGCAAGAUUCGCUGAAAGGAUUACUGUUUGCCGUAUGCAUAACGGACUUGAUACUGAAACUGAUCAUUAUUGUAAUCAAAAUCAUUGUCACCCUUAUGCCGCCGAGCGUGGUCGAUUACAAAAGUAGGGGUAAGGUCUACUUGAUGAUAGAAGCGCUCUCCCAGCUAUAUCGUGCCGCAGCCCCAAUUCAACCAUGGUUAACAUUUUUAUUCGAAUCGUACUCUGGCUCGGAAAAGAUGGUUGGCGUAAUUUUGUCGGCAGUGUAUAUCGUAGCCAAAUCUACCGACUUACUUGAUAGGAUCAAGUUCUGUCGUCGAUCGUUUAUCAAAUUGCUACAAAAAACUAGCUAUGGAAACGUACCUACAAAGGAACAGCUGCAGGCUUGCGGUGGGCAGUGCUCGAUCUGUCACGAUAACUUCAAUUCGCCAGUGUUGCUAGAGUGUAACCACAUCUUCUGUGAACUGUGUGUUGGUACAUGGUUCGAUCGAGAACAGACGUGCCCCUUGUGCCGCGCAAAAAUCGUUGACGAUCCUUCCUAUAGAGACGGAGCUACCACAUUAUUUUUGCAGCUAUACUAAUCGUUCGAUGGAGCAGAAAAUGGUAAUCGAGACUCCAUUCCUUUAAUUUUGUAAUUAUUGUAUUUUUAGUACAU